AUGGAUUUAUUAGAUAAACCAAAGUUAGGCCAUAGCAUUUCUAAUGGAGAAGAUAUUGUAAUUUCAAAUGAAUCUCUUGCAGUUGGAACCAUUACAGGAAUUUCCAAUUAUUUCACUUUUAUGUGGCCAACUGAUGUAGAAGAAGGAAUUAUAAAAGCCUAUGAAAUACCUAAUUAUGGAUCACCAAAAAUUUAUUCAAUAUUUGAUAUAAAAAAACUUCUCAAAAACAAUAAUACAAGUCAACCAAAUGCUAUAAUCAGUGACCCAAACAAUACCUCAAUCAGAAUAGAAAAUGACUAUCCCUACACAAAUUAA